GCGCACGACGCCCGCAAAGAGGUCAGCCAGGGGAUGCUGCGCCUGCGCAGAGUGAAUCCUCCGACUGCUCGGGGGCUCGUAAAACCCCACUGUCAGGCCGAGGGUAUAUCUCAAUGAAUAACUUAAAUGACCCUCCAAAUUGGAACAUCCGGCCUAAUUCCAGAGCUGAUGGGGGUGAUGGAAGCAGGUGGAAUUAUGCCCUGUUGGUGCCAAUGCUGGGAUUGGCAGCUUUUCGUUGGAUUUGGUCCAGGGAAUCUCAAAAAGAAAUAGAAAAGGAGAGACAAGCUUAUUAUCAGAGAACAGCUGCUUUUGAGCAGGAGCUCAAAGCCAAGUACCAUGCAGUGAUCUCAGAAAAUCGACGUGCUGUUGCUCAGCUGUCUUUGGAACUUGAAAAGGAGCAAAACAGAACAACUAGUUAUCGAGAAGCCCUUAUUUCUCAAGGGCGCAAGUUGUUGGAAGAAAAGAAGCUUCUGGAGCAGGAAAGGGCUCAGGUAAUGCAAGAGAAAAGCCAGCUGCAGCCCCUGAGGGCCGUGUAUCUGAGCUGCCUGGAGGAGCAGGAGGAUUGGCAGCGGAGGGCCCGGCUGAUGCUGCAGGAAGUUGGAGAGACUCUUGCUGAAAGGCAGCGCAUCUACUGUAGCUUAUUCCUCCCCCGACGUACCAGGCUGGAGCUUGAGAAGAAUUUGCUGGUGCGUGCAUCUGUUGACCCCAUAGCUGCCGACUUAGAGAUGGCAGCUGGCUUAACUGACAUAUUUAAGCAUGAUACAUAUUGUGGUGAUGUGUGGAACACCAACAGAGGCCAAAAUGGGAGUCUCAUGUGGCUGUAUCUCAAGUAUUGGGAGCUAGUUGUCGAACUGAAAAAAUUUAAGAAAGUAGAGAAGGUUAUACUAGAGAAGUAAGAGAAAAUGAAGUAAAACUCAAGGCCAGAAGACAGUAUUUGUUGUGGCAUUCUAUAUUCCAGGCUCUCCAGUUGUCUUAGUCACUUUUUACUUGUUGAGACAAAAUACCUGACACCCAAAGUUAGGGAAGGAAAGGUCUACUUUUUUCAGGUUGGAGGUUUCAGUCCAUACUCAGCUAGCGCUGAGUGGCAGGUGGCAUGGCGGGCCGCAAUUCAUGGCCGCUGCAAACAGCAAAAGCAAAAGAGAAAGACUCACCUUCUUUCCACCGUUACCCUGGCUCCACCCGGGGCCAUUGAAACACUCACACUACCAAGGCUAGCCCUAGACAGUGACCCAAUCACAAGUGCUAGAUUCAGUUGCUCCAGGACCAGAUGAGGCUUUGGGGGACAUUUCAGUAAACCACAGCACCGGUGUUUUCUGCUUCCUGCCGCCUGUGUUUAGCCACAUGCAGCCACCCUCAGCAGUGACUCUGCUCCUGCCACUCUGAGUGGCACAGCAUAUCCUCAACAGAUAAAGGAUUUCCUGUAGGUGCCUGCAGCUAUGAAGGACUCACUUUCUCCAAGUAUUUUUCUGAGCUGCUAAUAUUUAGCAGAGUAAUAUAACCUCAUGUUUUAGCUCUAUGGUAAAACUUGUUUUUAAAAAGUCUAAUAUCCUCAACAAAAGCACUUUUCUGUCAGUUUUGAUCUCUCUCUAAGUAAAUUGUCCUUUUGAGUUAUUUUUCUCCUCCAGAUUGUUUUUCGAAGGUAUCAGGUAACAUGUCAGAUUGCCUUGCAGGUGAUGAUAGGAAGUAAUAAUAUCCUCAGGGUUUUGCAAUGGGUGGAAGAUGUCUCUUACUCACAAAGGGAAGAAAUACCAAGUGUUUAUUACAUCCAGUUGGUACUUAGUAGUUUUUGGAAUUCAGCUUCUGUCUGUAUUCAGUAAGCAGAUAUUAUUUGUUAGGAAUGAUAUACAAUUAAAAAUACAUGCCAUUUAAAGCUAAUAA